UUGAAUAAAGUAUCAGCAUAGUCGUGGGACAUGGUGAUUGGACUAGUCACAGAAAAUCAAUUAGUGCUCUAAUAAAUAUCAGCCUAUCACCAUUUCAUACCAUAAGAAAAUUGGCAGGAAGAAAGAUGGUACUAAAAGCAGUAGACAUCUUGAAGAAUGAAAUUCCCAUAGAGGAGGAAUCAGUGGUCAUCACUGAAGAUGUUAAGGCUGGUCUUGUUCUUGUGGACAUCAUCAAUGGAUUUUGCACUGUUGGUGCUGGAAAUCUGGCACCAAGAGAACCAAACAGGCAGAUCACUGAAAUGAUAGAUGAAUCAGCAAGGCUUGCUAGAGUGUUCUGUGACAAGAAUUUGCCAGUUCUUGCCUUUCUUGAUUCACACCAUCCUGAUAAACUUGAACACCCUUAUCCUUCUCACUGCAUCACUGGCACUGACGAAUCCAACUUGGUUCCUGCACUUAGAUGGAUGGAGAAAGAACCAAAUGUGACAAUCAGGCGCAAAGAUUGCUAUGAUGGUUAUAUUGGCUCUUUCGAGGAGGAUGGCUCUAAUGUAUUUGUCGAUUGGGUGAAGAACAACAAAAUUCAAAUUUUGUUGGUGGUAGGGGUAUGCACAGACAUUUGUGUCCUGGACUUCGUUUGCUCUACAUUAUCAGCUAAGAACCACGGUUUCCUCAAUCCUUUGGAGGAAGUAGUAGUUUACUCCCAGGCAUGUGCCACCUUCGAUUUUCCUGCCUCCAUGGCAAGGAACACCAAAGAUAUCUCUCCACAUCCUCAGGAGCUAAUGCAUCAUGUGGGACUUUAUAUGGCCAAGGGAAGGGGUGCGAAAAUAGCUAGAGAAGUUUCCUUCAACAGCUUCGAGAAACCAUAAUAUAUUGCAAUCAUUUCUUUGGCCUCUGAUGAUAUUGAAAAGGCUGCAGUUUAAGUAAACAUGCAGCAGAUGCUGAUGGUUUGUGUGCUACGGUGGUUUACUUAAAAUCACCAUAUUACUAUAAUUUGAUAUGCAUGUAUGUAGAUCUGAAAAUAAUAAGUCUGGAUGCGCUCUUCCUGGUAGAUCAACUCAAGAAUACCAAGUAUAACAUGUACUCUGUCUAAUUACGGAUGCACGUUAUGCGUAUUGUAUGCUGUGCCCAUGAAUUGCCUUAAUGAAAUAGUAACGGCUUGAGACAAA